AUGAGAUUACUAGUAAUUUUGGUCGCUUGUUCAUCAACUGGCUACGCUUAUGAGAACAAGAAUCCUCUCAAGACCAAGAAAUACAAAUGUCUUGAGGUCGACGAUGAGAUGGAAAUCCAAAUAGUACCGAAGCAAGUAAUAAAAGGUAAAGCAAUGACAGUUUUUCAGAGACCACUGAGAAAGGAAAACAGAGGAAGACCCAUUGUUUCGCAAAAAGCACAGGAUAUACCUCGUGAUAAGGAAGGGCGACAACUACUUCUAUCACCAACUCACUGCAAACAAGUAAAACACUAUGCGAGUUCAUACGGAGUCUCGGACGUUCUCUCUUGGGUUGAGCGGAAUUGUUCUUUUGCCAAAAUGUUUCUUCCAACAGCCACAUGUGAAGAAAUAAACACCCUUGUAGCAUCAUGUUACAAAUUUAAAUUCAUUUAG